AUGUCAAACCGUUGGAGCAGCGGCAUCAUUCAAAAACCCAGAGACCUCUCCACUCUCCCACCAAUCCUCUCCACUCUCCGACCCGUCUUCACUGCUCUUCACGAGGCUAAAUACAGAUCCAAGCUCUCCUUUGCCGACAUAGCAUCUCAAGUCGGUAGAGACGAGUGGUACGUAGCCGCUAUCUUUUACGGUCAGGCUAAACCGGAUCAAGAUGAUGUGGAGAAGUUGUCGGUUGCGUUGAACUUACCGCAGAGCUUUCUCGAAGAACAGUUCAGGGAGGAUUGUGUCCCUCAUAGAGGAUUGGCUGACUUUCCUCCACAGGACCCAGUGCUGUAUAGGCUGUAUGAAGUGCUGGUGGUCUAUGGAUACCCGUUAAAGCAUUUGAUUUAUGAAAAGUUCGGCGAUGGAAUCAUGUCGGCGAUUGACUUUGAAGGUCAUGUGGAGAAGGUGAAGGGAAAGCAGGGAGAGGAUAGGGUCAAGAUCACACUCGAUGGCAAGUUUUUGCCUUAUCGCAGGUGGUGA